AUGGAUGAAAUGGCAAUCGACUCAUUCAACACAGCCUCACUUAUUCUACAUAAGGAUACAAUCGAUAAAUUUUAUGUAUGCAAACAAAAGUAUGCUCAACUUGACUGUGAGGACAAUACGUUUAUGCAAACACUUCUUGAACACUACAUAAAUUGUCAGUCAGAGCCAGAAUCCAAGGCAGCCUCUAAAACUAUCUGCCCUGAAUGCCGAUAUGCCGCCGAGGAUAUGUCGAAACUCUUUGAACACUUUGAAUCGAAUCAUUCAGUCGAAGCAGGCUUCUCCUGCAACUGUGGGCUGACAUUUUGCCGAUUACCGGCCUUUUUACGGCACUACAUCGCAUGUCCGUUAGCUUCAGUGGAUACGCAAGAUCAAAACCACUCAAAGCAGUCCUCUCCACUAACGCCAACCAAAGUUAGUGACGAAAUAUUCAAGAGAUCAGACUCUCCCAAUGUGGUGAACCCGGAAAACACUGAAAGCACCAGUCCUGAGACCAGUCUCCAAGACUCGAUAUCACAUUACGGCUACUAUAAGCAUCCUCCUGUAAUUCCGAUCAAGGGACCUUCUGAUGAUCGACCAUUUGGUUGUCCAAAAUGUCCCAAAGGAUUCAAAAGUAAAUCUCUUCUGGAACAGCACAUGCAUUUACAUUAUCCACCAAGGUAUAAAUGCCGGUGGUGCUUUAAAGUCUACCGUUGGCCCCCGGUUUAUUAUCAUCAUAUGCGCACAUGCAAGAAGAUGUUGCGGUCCGAUGCUGAGCCAGACAAGUCAACAGCAAAUUCUAGUUCCACCUCCAUCCCUGUCAAUGAUAACGCUGUGCUGGACCUAUCCCAUCCUGCCAAGUCAGCACAAAUUGCGCCAAAAGAAGAGACCGUGGUAAAACCCACCGCACACUCUGAUUUCACUUGUCCCUGUGGCGCCACCUUCUCCGAUGUACAGUUCUACUUCAAGCAUGCUGCAAAGUGCCUUCAAUUAAUCCAUACUUUCGGUCCCCUUGUGCCUCUCCCUACUGAAUCCAAUGAGUCAGCUGACCUGAUAUCAAUGCCUAAGUCCCGUACCAAACGCUUCUUGUGUAAUAUCUGCGCAAAAGACUUCACCUCAAAGCUCUCCCUCAAACAACACGUCGAUGGAAAGCAUAGAGCGGAAGGCAAGUAUGUCUGUAAGCUCUGUGGUAAGCGUUACAGAUGGGGUGCCUCCUUCUAUUAUCAUCGACGCACCUGUUCCCUUGCCAAUGGGGUGAACCUUCCCUCCACUGGGGUGCUCUCUCGCCUUCCUCACAUCUCCCAACCCUCCGCCUAG